AUGCCGAUCGCCGCUGGGCUUUGCAGCAGUCGGUGCCUGCAAAAGGCGACGCUCUGGGAGUCUGGGAUUGAUGGCGACGAUAUCUGGACAGCCAGCUUGAUACUGCUCAUUGCUGCCUUGCAGAUGCCGUCUGGGCUGGGAUGGCGAGACGUGCGGGCAGUGCCGCGUGCUUCCGGGCUGCAAAAACGGAUUCUGCACGCGGCCGCUGGAGUGUCGCUGUCACGACGGCUGGUCCGGCAUCUUUUGCGACAUACAUGCAAGCUCGGAUGGACGGGGGAGUUCUGCAAUGAGUGCGUUCCGUACCCAGGUUGCAAGCGAGGGACGUGUCGGGAUCCAUGGGAGUGCAAAUGUGAACCUGGAUGGGGUGGAUUCCUUUGUUCUGACAGGCUGGACUUCUGCCUCAAGAACCCGAUGCUGUGCUUGAACGGGGGGAACUGCACGAGUUUGCCGGCCGAAGACGGGCACUAUUCUUGUAGCUGCUUACCAGGGUUCAGCGGGUCGCGGUGCCAGGACUCGGCACCAGGCCUCAAGGCGUCCAGCUCCACGUCGAUGCCCUUGGUUGUGGUGACGGCUAUCCCGAUUCCCGUCAAGGAAUCGACAGACGCGUCACUGACGAGGCGUUCAAACGCGACAGUCUCGUCGUCCCGACUGCCGAUCACCAACGCCGAAACGCGUCCGACACCGGACGACAAGGAGAACGAGCUGCUUCGUCGUCGAGCCUGACCAAAAGUUGACCAACUGUCAAUUAUUUAUUGCGCCUCACAUGCUUAUUUUCGCAAAAACAUUCCGCCCAUGACCACGGAAUUCCAAGUAUCUUUCUGUUGUGCGUCUUUGAAUUCCUCGCAUUGAAAAUAAUUUAUAUCCGCUGAUCUUGGCUACCUUUCUGUGGACUUGAAAUUAACUGACUUCAUGCCACAGUUAAUUUCGGUGCUACCACCCGUACCGCUGCUCAAUUUGAAAAGCACAUGUUUUGUACCUGAAAUUUGUGGCACACGUCACACGGAAACUUGCUUAUAUAGGUGGGCUAAAUAUCAGAUGCGAUAUUUCGGAUUGUAAAGCAGUCAAAGUAAUCUAGAAGAGGAGUAACGAAUUACAGUAGAAUGAAAUUCAUUUCGGCAGCUUCGUUUCCUUUGAUUAUCUCAAUUGUAAACAUUUUAUUUAAAAAUAAUUCAGAUUAAAAUAAACUGUCUUCUCAGAGUGACGUGUGUCCUUAGAAAUCGUUUGAAACGUUUAGGCUAUAUCGUUAGCUUAAGAUUUUUCAUUCAUAUAUGUUUUAGUUUUCCUAUGGAUUCGGUUAAUCGAAGCAUGGGUAAUGGAGGCUCUUGAAGUAAAAGUGAAAUGGUGCAUUGAACAGGAAAUUGGAAUGAAGAAAAAAAAUCCACGAAUUAAAUUGCGAAAAAGAGCUAGUACUGUGCGAUGAACUGGAGACUAAACUAAAUAAAUGUGAGUGCUCAGCUUAUAUUAGCAAAUAGAACUAUUUUGAUGGAUGUCUGGUGUUAAAAAAAAAAAUUAUCGUCCAGACUGAACUUAUGGGAUUUCAUUGAACCGGAAUUUUAAAUGGUAGUUUUUGCUCUGUUCGAGACGCUUUUUGUUCAUUGGAGGACUGGAUCAUGCGUUUUUGUAUUUAAUUUGCGAGGUCCUUAUGCAAAAAAAAAAAAAGGAUUCCCUUGUUGCAAGUCUGUCAGGUGGCCAGUGCAGCGCACUUUGAAGAAUAAUAGGAGAAAGCUGCGAAGCACAUAGACGAGUUGAGCGGGGACGCUUCACGAAGAGGUGUUCCGUCGUUGUUGAUUGAUGUUGACUGGCGAUUAUUCACACGCGGCGGGAUUUGUAUGAAUUUCUUGUGCGAUGCGAAGGAGCCGGAUUUUGUUUUUUUUUUUGCAGCGAAGCACGUUGUAUGGAAUCCAAACUUUCAUCCAGCCUUCAACGAAAUCAACGAGGCGAUGCUGCACCGCUGUUGACGGAAUAAAUAAUCCUUGCGAGAAACCGGG